AUGCAACAAGCUAAAGACUUGAUGACACAAAAACAACACGUUGAAACAUUUGUGAUCAAGCAAACUGAUGAAGCUCGCGUUAAUUAUCACACUUUACUGAGUGGAGCAUUUGAUUGCACAAGAUGGUUGUUGCGACAGGGUUUGGCUUUUUGUGGGCACGAUGAAUCUUUGAAAUCGAGCAAUAGGGGUAAUUAUAUAGAGCUUAUGCAAUUUCUUGCCGAUCAUAAUGAGAAAGUUAGGAAGGUUAUUCUUGAGAAUGCUCCCAAGAUUCUCAAGUAUACUUCUUCCGAUAUUCAAAAGGAUCUUGUUCAUGUUUGUGCUAUUGAAACUAUUAAUACAAUCACUAAAGACAUGGAAGAGCAAAUGGCGGUGGUAUUGCGUUAUGUGAACAAAAAAGGAGAAGCAAUUGAAAAGUUUUUGGGUGUUCAACAUGUCUCUUCUACAACUAAUAGCUCACUUGAAGAGGCCAUUGAGAGAUUGUUUGCUACAACAAAUUUGAGUAUGUCUAAGUUACGAGAACAAGGCUAUGAUGGAGCUAGUAAUAUGACAGGUGAGUUAAAUGGUCUUAAAACAAAGAUUUGGAACAAAUACUCUCAAGCAUUUUAUAUUCAUUGUUUUGCACACCAACUCCAACUAACUCUUGUAUUCGUGGCAAAGGAAAAUGAGGAUGUUGCCAAUUUCUUCAUCAAUGCUAGUAGUUUGGUGAAUCUUAUUGGAUCUUCAUGCAAGCGUCGUGAUGCAUUUAGAGAGAAACAACAAGAACAAAUUCAGAAAGCUCUUGUUCUUGGUAAUCUUGAAACGGGUAAAGGGUUAAAUCAAGAAAGUAGUCUCAUGUGUCCAUGUGAUACACUGUGGAACUCGCAUUAUGGUACUAUAGUUAGUAUUAUUGUUAUGUUUGAACCCGUGGUAGAGGUGGUUGAAUGGAUUAAAAGUGAUCGCAACCAAGAUACUCUCGGUGAAGCAACUAGGUUAUUCAAAGACAUAAAAACUUUUGAUUUUGCAUUUCACCUUUUCUUGAUGAGACUUAUAUUGGGAAUUACAAAUGAGUUGUCACAAGCAUUGCAAAAGAAAGAUCAAGAUAUUGUAAAUGCGAUGACGUUAGUGGAAGUAUGCAAACAAAGACUACAAUCCUUGAGAGAUGAUGACUUUGGGGACUUAUUUAAUGAUGUAGGAAGGUUUUGUGAGGAUCAUGAUAUUAUCGUUCCUAACAUGGAGGAUUUGCAUUUCGUACCUGGAAAAUCAAGGCGUAAAGCUCCAAAAAUCACAAACUUCCAUUACUAUCGUAUGGAUCUUUAUUUUCAAGUCUUUGAUAUGCAACUAAAGGAAUUGAAUGAUUGCUUCAAUAAGGUAAACACCGAGUUGCUUCUUUGUAUAGCAUGUUUGAGUCCGGUGAAUAAUUUUGCAUCUUUUAACAAAGCAAAAAUUGUUCGUUUAGCCCAACUUUAUCCUCAAGAUUUUGAUCGUAUGGACCUCAUGAAUCUUCUAAUUCAACUUGACAAUUACAUUCAUGAUAUGAAAAUGCAUAGUGAGUUUUCAUCAUUGAGAGGAAUUAAUGAUCUUGCAAAAGAGUUAGUGAAGACUGGGAGGUGUGAAAGCUAUAUGUUAGUGUAUAAGCUUCUUACAUUGGCUUUGGUGUUACCGGUUGCAACCGCUUCGGUGGAGAGAGCUUUUUCUGCUAUGAAGAUUGUGAAAGCACUAUUGCGAUACAACAUAGUUCAGCUUGCUACCGGUACAAGCAGCUUGCUACACGGGUACAACAUCGUUCGAUUAACAACAGAGACAGCUCCUCUUCGUCUAACAAAGAAAACAUACUCACUGUAG